AUCUUUGAUUCUUCCUAUUUCCAUUUCUUCAUCAUUUUAUUUUAACCAAAUCUCUACUCAUUAUUAUUAUUAUUUUUAAUUUCUAUUAUUAUUAUCUCAAUCCAAAACCAAAUACACUUUCUCUUUCUUCUUCUCUCUCUCUCUCUGGUUUCUCCCCAUUAGUCAAACUCUCACUCCAUUUCAUUUCACAGAACGAUUCCAAUUUGGGCACGCUGUUUAUUUCUCAGAUUUCUUCACUCUCUUUAGAUCUGUUUGUGGGUGUGCUCACUCCACCACCGCUUCCACCAAAGGUUAGAUUAGAUCUGUGUUUGUUUGAUACUUUUAUCUCUGUGGCGCUGUUUCAAGGGUUUUUGAUUUGAUUCUCACCACCCACUUGGCAAGACUGCUUUUUCUGAUUGUUUGGCUCCAAAUAGCAAAUGGGUUGCCUUGGAACUUGAUCAUGGUCAUCAUGAUGCAUGCUGCUCACUUCAGUAAUGAUGGGGUGGUUGUUGAUGAUGAUGAUAAUAAUAAUAAUAAGGGGUUUCUUAGGUUUUCGACAAGUUGGCUUUCUCGUUUCUGUGUGUGUUUGCUGAUGGUGCUUAGGUUCAGAACAUCUCUGUGUGAGGGUUGUUGUUUGCAUUUGCAAUAAUGGGCAAUGGCACUUCUCGUGUUGUUGGCUGUUUGGUACCAUUUAAUGGGAAAAGUGGUGUUGAUCUUGAGUUUUUAGAGCCAUUAGAUGAAGGGUUAGGCCAUUCUUUCUGUUAUGUCAGGCCAUCUAUUUUUGAAUCUCCUCCCAUUACCCCAUCAAAUUCUGAGAGGUUUACUGUUGAUUCAAGUACUCUUGAUUCUGAGACAUUGAGUGGGUCAUUUAGGCAUGAUAAUGGCAUUGAAGACAGGUCAGGCAAGAGCUUCCCUGAAACCACAUUCAAGACAAUCUCAGGGGCUUCAGUCAGUGCCAAUGUUUCAACUGCUAGGACUGGUAACCACAAUGCACUGCUUACUAGUGAUGUCCUUGAGCCUGCUGCAUCAUUUGAGGGAACAUCCUCAUUUGCUGCAAUCCCAUUGCAGCCUGUGCCCCGUGGCUCUGGACCUCUGAAUGGUUUCAUGUCUGGACCAUUGGAGAGGUUUGCCUCUGGUCCCCUAGAAAAGGGUGGUGGUUUCAUGUCAGGGCCAAUAGAGAAGGGAGUUAUGUCGGGUCCUCUCGAUGCCACUGAUAGUUCCAACUUUUCAGCACCACUUGCCCGCGGUGGCGGUGGCGGCGGUCGAAGGCCACGCCUCCAACGGCUCAUGAGAAGUGUAAGUGGACCAGUGAAGAACACUUUAUCUCGGACUUUUUCGAAGCCUUCUAUGGGAGGCAGUUGGAUGCAGCGGUUAUUCCUUCACCCAGUGACUCAACUAGCCUGGAAUCCCAGAGAGGCUAAGUUCCAACCAGGUGUCUCUAGAAACUGUGGUGAUGAGGAUGGGCCGUCUGAAUUGGAGUAUAAACAUACACACAAUUUGCAGUGGGCUCAUGGCAAGGCUGGUGAAGACAGGGUUCAUGUUGUGCUUUCUGAAGAACAAGGGUGGUUGUUCAUUGGGAUAUAUGAUGGUUUUAGUGGACCGGAUGCGCCUGAUUUCCUGAUGAGCCAUCUUUAUAGAUUUAUAGACAAGGAAUUAGAAGGGUUGCUUUGGGAAUAUGAAGAUACUUCUGUUGAUCAACUUAAAACUGAUGUCCUAGAAACUGGAAAUGCUUUAGUUAAUCAAGAAUGUCAUAGGGGGGAAAUGUCGGAUGCUCAUACCAAUUCAAAUAAAGAAAGUUCUCUUUGUUUAGAAACUUCUUGUCCAGUAAUGGUCAAGGGUCAAUCAUCUAACAGUGAGAUAGUGGAGGAAAAGGAUGAAGUUAAGGUCAAUGCUGAACAGCACAAUUGUGGAAGUCCUAGUAUCUCCCAUUCUGUUCCUGCAUCUGUUCCACUUGGACAAUUGGCGGGUCAAGGGAGAAAAAGUUUGCGGCUCUAUGAGUUACUUCAGAUGGAGUCUUGGAAUGAACAGGUGUCAGAACAAGGUAAGGAUACUUCAGUUCCUAGGGAAAUAACACAAGAGAGGGUUAAGAGGUUCUGCUCCCCAAAUGGAAAAGAAGGUACAUCAGGACAUCAGAAUGAAGGUCCUACUACUUCUGGAGAAAAUGAAGGCACUGGGUUUAAUUCUACCAGCCAGGAGCCUGUAGCUUCUAUCUCUGUUUCAGGACAAAGGCAGAAUACAAGAAAGUCAUUUAUUAGUACGAAAAUCAGAACAAUGUACAGGAAGCAGAAAACCUUACGUAAAAAGCUUUUUCCUUGGAGUUAUGAUUGGCAUAGGGAGGAAACUUUUGUAGACAAGAAAUUAGUGGAAGCCUCGGGACCCAUUAGAAUAUGCAAGUCCGGUGUAGAUCAUAAUGCAGUUCUAAGAGCAAUGUCUCAAGCUCUAGAUAAAACAGAAGAGGCAUACAUGAAAAUGGUGGAGAAUAAUCUGGACAAAAAUCCAGAGCUUGCCUUAAUGGGGUCAUGUGUUUUAGUGAUGCUGAUGAAAGAUCAAGAUGUUUAUGUUAUGAACCUUGGAGAUAGUCGUGCAAUUUUGGCUCAGGAACGGCCAAAUGAUCGUCAUCCCAAUCCAAGUCUUAUCAAAGAUGACGUGAGGCAUAGAAAUAAAUCUAGAGAGUCAUUAAUAGGCAUGGAGCUGGAUAGAAUUUCAGAGGAGUCCCCAAUGCACAAUAUAGACAGGCAUGUUAACAAGAUGAACAAAAAUAGAGAGGUAUCUGCUUGCAGAUUGAAAAUGAGGGCUGUUCAGCUUUCCACAGAUCACAGCACAAGUAUUGAAGAGGAAAUUUUUAGAAUUAGAGCUGAACACCCUGACGAUAAUCAAGCCGUAUUAAAUGAUCGUGUGAAGGGACAAUUAAAAGUCACCAGGGCAUUUGGUGCUGGAUUCCUGAAGAGGCCAUCUUUUAAUGAACCUCUACUGGAGAUGUUUCGAGUUGAUUAUGUGGGCAAUGCUCCUUACCUAAGUUGCACUUCUGCUGUUCUUCAUCACCGGCUUUCCUCAAGUGACCGGUUCUUGGUACUCUCCUCUGACGGGCUUUACCAGUAUUUCAACAAUGAAGAGGUAGUGGCCCAUGUCACGUGGUUCAUGGAAAAUGUCCCUGAAGGUGAUCCUGCACAAUACCUUAUUGCUGAGCUUCUCUUCCGUGCCGCUAAAAAGAAUGGAAUGGAUUUUCAUGAAUUGCUUGGUAUUCCUCAGGGAGAUCGGAGAAAAUAUCAUGAUGAUGUUUCUGUUAUGGUGGUUUCUUUGGAGGGAAGGAUUUGGAGAUCAUCUGGAUAAUUUACUUAAAUGACACUAUUUGAUUUUUGGCUAGGUGCCUUCAAACUUGCAUGUUGCCUUGAUAACACAACAAUUUUGGGCCAGAAGUAAAAUUAUUUUAGAAGACAAAAUUAGUCCUUGAAAUAUUUUAAAAUCAAAACUUUUAUUCCCAUUCC